UAUUGCUGAUCAUACAAAGAGAUCGUAUCAAUUGCACUUUAAAAUUGGCAAGUGAACAACAGACCCAGGCAAUCAUGUUUGCAUAAAAUUGAAAACGACUGAAAAUGCAUUGAUGCAAUAACGAAUAACAGGAGAACAACAGGUUUUUUAGCCUCAAAAUCAAAUAUUUAUAAAAAAACUGCUUGAAGAAUAUCUAAAUAUUUGCAACAAAUAUCAAACCAACGGCCUAAUCAAUGAGUGGUAGGUAGUAGAUCACAGAGCCUCAUUGUUGCACUGAAUCACAAAAACCGAGAAUGAUAUUAAACGUGUUUUUAGCUUUCCUUUUGAAGACCUUUGCAGUCAGUGUUGCGGUUUCAGCAAGUUUCUUUAUUUUGGAGAAUGGAGAAAAUAGUGAUGAAAGGUUUUCUGUCACAGAAGGUCUACUUGCCUGCGAUAGAGAUAAAAGCUGUGAGCAAGUACAAUAUAACAUUGACACAAAAGAUUUUAAGCUCGUCGAUAAUGUUGAUGUGGCAGCUAAGACGGCAAAAACGAAUGGAAUUAGCUGGACAAAAGUCCAAGGUGCAUAUAAAUCAUGCAAAGAUGCUUUGCCAUUGCAUAUCAACGAGAGCGAAUAUCGGAUCAAACACAUAAAUAUGUUUUCACCUGCAAUAGUUAGAUGUAAAAGAAAUGAAGGCAGAAUCACAGCUUCAUUUGAUCACAACAGUGAAGAUCGCAUUAAACUAAAUGGCUUUGAAGCUCCAGGCUCGUAUCGGCAUGAAAUAAAGUACAAAUCUAAACUAGAUGACAUCAUCGCUUUCGUUGACUCGUCAUAUGCUUGCAAACAGUUCACAAGAAUCGACUGCUAUCACAUGCAGAUAACCGACGUUGGCUACUUGAUUGACAGACGUGGGAACCAAAUGGCGUAUAUUGGAGGUGGACCGGUGAAAGGCCACGGUUGCCAAUGUGGGAUAACAAAUGAUUGCGCAAAGAGGUACGAUCUUUGCAACUGUGAUGCCAAUGAUCUAACAUGGCGUUUUGAUGAGGGUUACGUCACAGAUAAAGCGAGCCUGCCACUUACUCAAGUGAGACUCGGGGACACAGGUGAAACAAAGGAGCAAGGAGCGCAUACUAUUGGUAAACUGAUCUGUGAAGAGCAGUGAAAGCUGAAGAGUAAAAUGCACAACAUGGAAACAAAACAAAUUGGAAUUUGAUAAACGUUUGUAGUUGUGCCAUUGACUAUCGAACUUUGUUUAAAGAUUGAACAAAUUGUAAUAUGGGCCAGAACUUGUAUUUUUGGCUGACCUUAUAAAUUUUAGAAUCUCAUAAUCUGACCAUAUUUUACCUAUACGUGAUACAAUGUAAUCAAAUAUAUGGAAAUUCAUUACUCAACACAAAACAGACUUUAAU